GUAGGCGCGCGCCUAAUGCGAAACGAUUUUGGCGCCAUAUCAGUACAUCCCAAACAUCUUGGCGCCGAACGUGGCAAGAAAGGAGAAAUCCCCUCCCUCGCAAGACAGAGCGAAGCAGAGCAGUUCAGCGGUCCAGCAAUCUCGUCAGAAAGAAAUGGAGCCAUGGCGGAGAGGCGAGGGGUCCAGCCUCAAGAAGCCCAUGGCCCCGCCCGUGGCCGCCCUCGGCGCCGAACUCCUCGGGAAGAUACUCCGCCGCCUCCCCGACAUGGCGUCGCUCGCCAGCGCCGCCCGCGUCUGCAAGCGCUGGGGCCGCGUGGCUUCCGACCCGGCCGUCUUCCGCCGCUUCGGCUCCCUCCGCAGGCCCCCGCUCGUCGGCGUCCUCGUCACCGACCGCGGCCGCGAGAAGUUCCCCCUCUACCGCCCUGAUGUCUGCUUCAUCCAGGCCCCCUCGCGCAACAACCCCGAGCUGGCCUCCGCUGCGGCAGACGGCGACUUCUACUUCAUGCACCACCCCAACGUCCACGACCACGACGAGUGGCGCCUCCGCGGCUGCGACGGCGGCCUCCUCUUCUCCCUCGGCCGCUACAGUACCGACCUCGCCGUCUACGGCCCCCUCGACCGCACCGUCGUCUUCUUCAAGCCGCCCGACGACCGGCUCUUGUUCUUCUACGCCAUCGUCGCCGACGAGGCCGACGCCUCGUUCCAGGUCAUCGCCAUACAGCCCGGGGACGACGAGACCUCAUUCGUCUUCUCCCCCCGCACCGGCAGCUGGGUCGAGAAUGGCUCCGUGUGCUCCGAGUGCUACACUGACGGCAUUGCCGCGGGGCGGUUCGCUUACUGGCGGUCCAACACCAAGAAGGACGAUUACAACGAAGUGAAGGAGGGUAUACUGGUGGUUGACACGACGACCAUGGUGUGGUCGUACAUGACCGCGCCGUUCCCCGUCGGCGAAUCCUACUGUGUGGCGCACAUGGCGGAGCACGGCGGGCUGUGCAUCGUGUCCAGCAAGGAGCAACGCGUGCUGCUGUGGGUCCGUGACGCCAAUGGUGGAUGGGUGGUCAAGCAGGAGGUCUCGCUGCUGAAUCAGUUUCCCUCCCUGAAAAGGCUUCGUCGUUACCAAUGGAUGAAGAGGGUGCGCAUCCUGGCAAUGAAAGCUGGCUAUCUCUACAUGGAGUUCUGGUCCAUAAGGAAUAAUGACUCCUAUCUUCUUGUGCUCAAUCUCAACACCGUCAAGCUGGAAAUGUUUCUCAACAAUGGGCUCAACAAUGAGGGCAAGCCUUACAGAGGCCGGGCCCACCUGUUAGGUGACACGGUGGCCAAUCGGUGCGUGCCCGGUGCGCUGACUAGGACGAGGCCGGUGCGGUCGGUUACAUGGGCUCGGUCGGCUCGGUCGUGGGUCGGACUCGCCUCACUCUCGCUCUCCCUCCUCUCUCUGAUUCGCCACCGCCGCCGCCACCUCAACCGGCUCGCCGUCGCGCCAUGGAGGACGAGAGCAGCCAGGACUCCAGCGUGCAAUACAUGAACCUCUCUGACGACGAAGCCAUGCAUUACCGGAUCCCUGCUAGCAUUGAAGACCAAGACUACAGUGGCAUUGAGAUAGCACCCAGAGUUCUUUGCCAUCAGCAUGGUGUGGCGGCUGAGAGGCGUGUAGCAUUCGAAGCAUUUAACACGGGCAAGAGGUUCUUAGUUUGUCCUAAGAGUGUAAGAUUCUGUCCAAACUCUGUGUUAAUUGUAUUGUUUAAUCUAGCCAUGUGCAUAGAAUUGUCCAGUCCAGUGCAUAGAAUUCAUGUUCUUUAAUCUAGCCAUGUGCUGAUGCACAUUGUUUAAUGAGUACUCUUGUACCAUAACUGUGAUGGUCAUUUUGUAGCUGUGAUGGUCAUUUUGUAGCUGUGAUGGUCAUUUUGUAGCUCAAUGUCAGAGAGAUUCAAUGUCAGAAGCUCAAAAUCCAGUUAGUGUUUAGUGUCAGAGGUUCAUUCUUUAGUUGGCUAUAUUAUUAAAGUUGUUUCUCAAAGAUGCUUAAAGUUCAUUUUUUUUAAUUCAGUGGCUAGUCAUUUAGGGUCCUACAUUGUUUAAAGAUGCUCAAAGUUCAUUGUUUAAAGCCAGUUGCUCAAAGUUUAUUGCUCAAAUAAUUUGCCUAGGUGAUUGAUUUUGCACAUGCUAUGGUUGUUUAUAUUGCAGGAAGAUGACAACUGUGGUAUUGUUCUCUGGGUUGACCCAGAGUGGCCUCCUACAUUGCAGAAUGCCUUGUUGAAGCUAUGGGAAAUGUAUCAUGACAGCAAGAGUGAUAGGAGGAAGGAUAACCUGGAGAGUUCACUCACUAUUCACCAUUUGAUUGAAGAAAAAAAUAAUCUAGAGGCCAACUAUGACAAAUUGGUUGAGGAUGUGCACCAAUUGUUCAAUGCUCAAGAGGAUAGGAUGGUAGAUUUCAGCUAUUUGCAGGCUAAGAUGCAGAAUGUGCAUGUUUCUGAUUCAGUUGUAUCUGACAUGAAGACAGAGAUGGGGAAGAAAGAUGCAGAGAUCUUCAAGCUGCAGGAGAAGUAUAAAGUACUGAUGAACCUGACACAAUCUCAAGGCACUUGCAUCAGGAACCUGAAGUUCAAUCAUCUAAAAGAGAAGGAAGUGCUUAGUACAUCCACCAGGAACCUGCAAUUCCAGGUUGAUGAACUCAAAAAAUCUGAGGAAAAGCUCAUCCAGGAGAACACCCAGCUGCUCCUUCACAUGGGUGAUCUCAAGAAGGGGCAUGACAAGCUCACAGCAAGGAGGGAUCAGCUAAAGAUUUAGAUUGCUGAACUGUUGAAGUCAGAGGAGAAGAACAAGCAGAAAUUGAAGGGGAUGCUGGACAUCUUGUCAGAAUGAAGAUGUAGAGGAAGAGCAAGAGCAAGAGCAAGAGUAAGAUCCAGAUCAACAUGAAGAAGAAGAAUGCUUGCUUUGCUGACCUUUUGUGAAGUAUGGUGUUGUUGUGAACUAAGUUAUGUACUAUGGAUGUGUAGUUGUUGUGAACCACUAUGUUGUUGCUUUAAGUUGUUGUGAACCACUAUGGUGUUGUGGUGAACCACUAUGUUGUUGCUGUGAACCACUAUGUUAACUCUUAGUUGCUGUGAACCACUAUGUUAAUCAAUAUGUUGUUGUUGUGAACCAGUUUGUUAA